AGCUCAGGGAGAGAAGCCCAGCCAUUCCCCAACCAAGCCACAGCAACACAGCACACACACACAGGAGGAGAGGAAACCCUGUGUUUUGGAGUUCGAGAGAGAGAGAGAGAGAGAGAGAGAGAGAGAGAGAGAGAGAGAGAGAGAGAGAGAGAGAGAGAGAGAGAGAGAGAGAGAGGGGAAUCACAAAGAGACAUCCUUCCUGGAAACCCCACACCUCUCAGUGGCAGCGUUCUCGGGGCUGAUAGGGACUUUCAUUUCACAAGUGUGUGUGUGUGUACUCAAGGCUGCAUUCACUGGGCUGGACCUCUUUUUUUUCGUAUCAGCCUUGUUUUUCAUCCAACUUGAUCAGCAGCAGCAGCAGCAGCAGCAGCAGCAGCCGGCAAAACAGACAAACAGACAGACUGAACUGAAGCCAUGUCCACUUCACUCCUGAGGAGAAACUCCAGCAAACAAGGACUACAGAAUCUGCUGAGGGUGACGGCCCAAAGGAGCAUCGAGGAUGCGGAGGAGAUUGAGCGGGAGAGGAGGCGGCGGGCCAGGGAGAAGGUCAGGGCCCAGAACGGCUCAGCGGGGUCCGCAGACAGCCAGCACAGUGCUGGAUACACGCUGGAAGAUGACGUCUGUGACAGCGAGUUCAAGCCGGUGAGUCACUCGGCUGUGGAGGAGGACGAGGGCUUCAGCGAUUGGACCCAGAGGCUGGAGAAGCGUCGGCAGAAGCGCAUGGAGGAGCAGGCCCCCAAUGCGGAGGAGACCAGCACCAACCCCAGUCCUUGCCCAAGCCCCAGCCCCAGCUCCAGCUCCAGCACCAGCACCAGCUCUAGACUCAACGGCGUGACCAGGCAGUCCAGCAGCACCAGCGUCUCCAUCCUGACGUCUGGCUACAGAUCGUAUCAGAAUGGAGAUAAUCAGCAGCAGCAGGAGGAGGAAGAGGGGGGAUGGGGCUGGAGAAAGCAAACAGACCAAGAGGAGGCCAAGGAGAGAGCGCCGACGACGAAACACAAGGACUGGGAUAGAGAGAAGUGGGGGAGAGGAGGAGCAGAGGCAGAGGCCAAAAAGCAGACACAUCAUCAGGUGGACGUCAGGAAAAUGGGAGCAGAGUGCAAAGUGCAGGGAGAGGAACGCAAAAAGCCACUGAAAAUUUCGUACACAUCCAAGCUUGUCCUGCAGCAGGAAGUGAAGCAUGUCAAUGGACUGACAGAUGGAGGGGACGUGACAUCAUACACAACCAUAUCUAAAGUUACACCACGGGCCGAGAGCCUGGCGGAGGAAGAGGAGGUGCAGGAGGCCAUGCAGGAGCGCGACGCCAAGCUGCAGAGCAUCCGGCUGAGCCACCAGCAGAAGGAGCAGCAGGAGAUUGAGGAGCUGCGGCAGCGAGGAGCCGACGCCCAGGAGGAGCUGGAGGAGCUGAACAGGAGACGGGAGGAGCGCCGCCGCACCCGCGAUCAGGAGGACAGGAGGCGCGAGGAGGACGAGCAGGACAGGCAGGCCAGAGAGGAGGAGGAGAGGCAGAGAAUGAGGGAUGAUAUUGAGAGGAGGAGAAUGGAGGCCACAGAGAAAAGGAUGAAGCGUCUGAGCACCUCCAGUGCUGAGGAGGAGCCCUUCAGCCCCCUCAGCCCCAAGAGCCCCUCCUUCAAGAAUGAGUGUGAGGAGAGGGUGACCACAGAGAGUGCGUGCUCGAUUACAGAGAGAACCGAGUCUUUGAACCGCUCCCUUAAGAAAAGUAACAGCCUGAAAUCAGCUCAGCCCCCCAUCCCCAUCUCCAAGAUUGACAACAGGCUGGAGCAAUAUAAUCAAGCUAUUGAGAUUUCCUCAAAGGAAGCCAAAGCGUCCAAGCAGGCUCUGAUGGAGAUCGCCAGUCCCCCAGAGCCAGUGGCUUCCAAGAAGAACCUCUUCGAGGCUGGAGAUGCCUGGAACCAGAAUGCCACCAAGACGACUCCAUCCAAAGAUGCAGAGGAACUGAAGGUGGGCGUGGCUGACAUAAUCAACAAAUGGGGAAAGGGCGAAGGUGAUGGGAGUGCCAAGGGUUCACCCAACAAGCCAGCGGAAGUGAAAGCAGGUGAUGUAUUGAACAAGAAGAACCUCUGGGAGAACCUAGGAGACCCAUCCGGAAACGGAUCAGGACCAAAAAACUCUCCUUGUGGCAAGAAGUAUAAAUUUGUUAAGACUCGACAUGGAAAAUAUGAAAAGAUUGCCAUUGAUGAUGAUGAAUACACACUUGGGAAAUCAGGUGAGGACCUGGACCUAUGAAGAAAUAGACCGACAGCAGAUCCAGUUAUUCAAAGACAACAUGACAACUCUAAUCCCAAUCGGCCAAUUAAAAUGAGACAUUCCCCUGUCCGUCAUGCUUUGUUUCUUAAGUCAUUCUAUCAUUUUAAUUAUUUGCUAUGUAUCGUUUGAUAAUGCCAAUCUAUUUUCAUUUAAGCAUUACUAGAUUUGUUGUCAAUAGGUUUGUUUUGUAUUUAUGAUUUCAGUGUUGUAAUUUGUAUUGCCCCAUUGAAUUUCAAAGUACCACUGAAAAGUAUUUAAGACACAUCUAAUGUCUUACAGUAAAUGUUACAAGACCUUCAGGAAUAGAUAUUGAGGGCAGUAAACUUGGAAUAAGCAUGGUUUGUCCUCCAUUAUGUUUGUGUCUGUCUGAAAGCCUGCAAUGUUUUGUUAAUGUGAAUGGACAGCUAGCUACUUCUUUUGUUUGUUUUUGUUUUGCACUGCAUGUGGAUUUCAGGAAUAUGGGCCAAGUGGUUCUCAGCCACAGACAAAGACAUUAUUUAGACUGCCUGACUUACAUAACACUUACAUUACACUUACAUUAUACAUUUUAAUAUAGUCAUACCAGUACAAAUCAUUCUUAACGUAUGCAGCAAAUGGUAGUUUAGCAGUACCAUAGGUACCAUACAAAGACAGUAGCCAAGAGCUGAGAAAGAAGUCAUCGCGAACGCUAAAAUUAGUCUUGUAUACUGUAUUUAAUACACGGAUAUUAAUAAAGUUGGUAUAUAUCUACAGCUAUAAUUAUAGUUUCCAAAAGCUGGCACUGCUUGGUCUCACACUUGCUCAGUAUGUCAUAGCCCCUUCAGACAAUCGUUUCUUCCUCUACAUUCUCUUUACGUAUACACAUGUAUGUGAAGGCAGUAGAGAUGCUUGUUUUUUGUAUUGCGAUCAAGGAAAUUGCGCAUAAAAAACUUUUAAUACAAAAUGUUUGAGUUCAA